UCCUCCCAAUGCUAUAAAAGGCAUAUUCUCCAGGGGCUCUUCGUCUUGUUCCCCCGGUCGGCCUCUUCAACUCAGAAAGUUUUUACACCUUUUCUAUUAUAUAUUUCCCACCAUACCAAUGGCGGCCGUGAUCCGCCUCUUGAGGCUCUCGUCUUCCUCUUCCCUUUCUCUUGCAAGGAGGUCUUUAUCCACGGCUGUCGUAACGGAGGCCGUGAAAUCACAAACUUACACUCAAAACCCCGCCCCGACUGCUGUAGAUCCCAAAGGUAGAAACGUGCAGUGGGUCUUUUUGGGCUGUCCGGGGGUGGGAAAAGGUACCUAUGCUAGUCGUCUCUCUACUCUCCUCAGUGUCCCCCAUAUCGCCACCGGUGAUCUCGUACGCGAAGAGCUUAACUCCGGAAGCAAUCUGGGCAAACAACUCGAAGAUAUUGUGAACCAAGGAAAAUUGGUUUCUGAUGAUAUAAUAAUCAGCUUGUUGUCAAAGAGGCUUGAAGCAGGCGAAGGAAAAGGUGAAUCUGGAUUCAUACUUGACGGGUUUCCUAGAACUGUUAGACAGGCGGAAAUUUUGGAUGAAGUGACACACAUUGAUUUGGUUGUCAAUCUUAAGCUGCCAGAAAGUGUGUUGAUUGAGAAGUGCCUAGGGCGAAGGAUUUGCAGCCAAUGCAGGGAGAAUUUUAAUGUGGCAUCUAUUAAUGUGAAGGGUGAAAAUGGUCGUCCUGGAAUUAGCAUGGCCCCUCUUCUUCCUCCUCCACAGUGUGUUUCAAAGCUCAUCACUCGAGCUGAUGAUACUGAAGAUGUUGUAAAAGAAAGACUUCGCGUGUACAAUGAAAAGAGUCAGCCUGUUGAGGAUUUCUAUCGGGGUCAAGGGAAAUUGCUGGAAUUUGAUUUGCCUGGAGGAAUCCAAGAAACCUGGCCAAAAUUGUUGGAAGUUCUUAACCUUGAUGAGCAGGAUGAGAAACAGUCUGUUGCUGCUUGAAGCAUUCAGUUGCUGUGCAUGAAUAUAGUGCACGCUUGAACAAUUUUGCAGGGAAAGACCAGCUUUUUUUUUCUUUUUUUAAAUCCAUUUCUUUUCUUUUAUUGAUUGAUUGUGAGGAAAUAACAAACCUAUAACCAGCCCGAUAAUUAUGGUGGCUAUUAAUCGAGGCUCUUAACUAUUCAGAAGUCUGUUGUAAGAUUAAAAUACUGCAACUCACAUGAAUGAUUUGGUUGAAAUUGACUGUGAUAAGCCUCAAAUAGACAUCAUUGGUUCAUUGCUCUGC